UGACGCCUGUAACCGCCGGAGAAAGAGGGCUGGACCAGAUGUAGUAAGGGCUGAGCUGUGAGGUGAUGGUACAAGCAGAGGAGCUUUUACAUACGGAUGAAAUCAGCGCAGAGAGGCUUAUUUUACAGUAGCUUUACCUUGUAGGCAGCACUACACAAGUACAUCACUGGUUGGCACUGGGAUCUUUCUUGUUGUGGAGUACAGGAUCAGAAGCAGCAAAUGUUUCCGGUCAGGCAGCCUUGGCUUUGCAAAGCCUUAGGUUGUUAUGAUUGCUGUAUCCGGUGCAUUGGGGCAGUGCCCUACCCCUCCCUGGUGGCCACCUUGCUGUGCUAUGCUGGCAUGGCUCUAUUUUGUGGAUGUGGGCACGAAGCGCUGACCCAGACAGAAGUCCUCGUCGAGACUUACUUUGCCCGCAAUGUUCAGGACUUUGCAGUCAUGGCUUCUUUUAUCAAAUACUUCCAGUAUGUGAUCUACGGGCUGGCGUCAUUUUUCUUCCUCUAUGGUAUCCUGCUGCUGGCUGAGGGCUUCUACACUACAAGUGCUGUCAAGCAGACCUUUGGCGAAUUCAGGAGUACCCAGUGUGGCCGUUGCCUCAGCCUGACGUUUAUCGUGGUGACGUACGUCUUGGCCUUCAUCUGGCUGGCAGUGUUUGCCUUCACUGCUAUUCCUGUCUUCUUCCUGUUCAACAUGGAGCAGACCUGCCACAACAUCAACAUCCUCGCUGAAACCACCCCCAGCAUUAAUCAGCACGGCUGGAUUUGCAUGGACGCCAGGCAGUAUGGUCUGCUCCCUUGGAAUGCGAUGCCAGGCAAGGCUUGUGGAAUGACCUUGGCAUCUAUUUGCAAAACCAGCGAAUUCUACGUCACCUAUGACUUGUACAUAGCUGCAUUUGCAGGGGCUGGGAUCACUCUCUUAGCACUGUUUCUGUAUCUGGUUCCCACGACCUACAACUACGCAGUGUUGCGGUUCCUGGGCAGCAAAGGUGUCCGCUAAGUUUAACACCUUUGUCCCGAUCAACCCCAUCCUCUGGCUAGGCUAUGAGAUGGACAGUCAACACAUGCAACAUUCACAUGCAUCACGUGGAAACUUCCAAACCUGGAUCUCCUGCUAGUAUUUCUUUUGACGCGUUGUCCAAUAACAGACGAAUGUUUCUCAUGUAUGAACAACAGACAGAGAGAUGAAGAUGAUCCACACCCGCCAAUAAGCUCUGGUCUUCUCCUCAAGCCAUCCUCUAAAAUGAUUCUCUUAGCUUUGUUGUUCAUUUUCCUUUUUGCAGAUUGUUUCUUCCAUUCUGUCCGUUUUACGAGGCUUCAUUGGUGCUGAUUGUGAUGUAUGAUGUUUCAUGAAUAAUUAACAGAAAUGACAGCUUGCCUUGCAAGUCAUAACUGCAUACACACCGUUCAGUGUUAACUGAUGCACAUACUGGUUCUGAAUAUGAUUUAGCUGCUGCCUCAUUAUCACCAUCUUGCGUGUCAAGACUGUGAACUAAAACGAGUGAAGCUGAAUGUACCAAAGUUCCCCUUUGAGCUUCUCACUGCCCGAUACAUGUUCUUUGCAUUCCCUCAUAAUGUAUUUUGGCUUUGUGUAAAUGCCAACACAUGCAUGUACAGUAGGGGUGAAACAAACACCUGUAUUUCUGAAUGUGUUUUGCUUACUGCUAAAAAUUGGUGGGUUUAUGUGACCAAGAGGCUGAUGCUUCAAUAACCGGCCUCCUUAUGACUUAUGUUUAAUGUGUAGCCCUGCUCUUUAGCCUUGUGUGUGCUCAUUUGAAAUUAAAGGCUGAUUAAACCAUUCAAA